AUGGCGCAGUUGGACGCCGUUCGCGAGGCCGCUCAGGUCGAAAAGGCCGAUAUUACGAUACGCACCCAAGAGCUACCAGACGAAAUCGACGCCCAGCAACUAUUUCAAUUGCAGGCUUGGAAUACACCGCCGCCAUCAUCGGUGGAGUUCUGCAUCCAUGACCUUAUUCGGAACCGCUGUGAUACACAGCCAGGGGCCCCUGCAGUGUGCGCCUGGAAUGGUCAAUUGACAUACGCCGAGUUGGACGUGCUAUCUUCCGCCGUGGCGUAUGAGCUGAUUGCACAUGGAGUGGGCCCAGAGAGAUUUGUUCCUGUAUGCCUGGAGAAAUCGCUCUGGACCCCGGUUGCUAUGCUCGCCGUCCUAAAAGCGGGCGGCGCCUUCGUACUUCUCGAUCCCUCGCACCCGACUCAGCGGAUAGAGGAGAUCUGCCGCGCCGUGAAGUCGACGGUGAUGAUUUUAUCGAAGGAGUCUGCAGGGCGAGUAACCAGCCUCGCGGCAGAUGCGAUUAUUAUCGACAAUGGGACCGCCGACUGGACACAGGUCGGCAAGGAAAUCACCGUACCCGUUCAGCCCAGAAACGCCGCCUACACCGUUUUCACCUCGGGGACAUCCGGAAAACCCAAAGGUGUAGUGAUUGAGCACCGCUCGUUGGCUACCACCGCUGUGGCCCACAGUCGAGCGAUGAAUAUGCAUGCCCAGUCACGGGUGUUGCAAUUUGCCUCCUACGCAUUUGACGCAUGUUUACUCGAAAUCUUGACUGUUCUGAUAGUCGGUGGAUGUGUAUGUGUGCCUUCCGAGGACGAGCGCCAGCGCGAUCUGGCUGCUGCGUUGCGUCGCAUGCAAGUCAACUGGAUGUUUCUCACGCCGUCACUAGCGCGCGUGCUUGAGGUCGACGAGUUUCCUACGCUGCGAACCCUGGUCGUUGGCGGCGAGGCGCUCCAAAAAGAAGAUAUGCGAAAAUGGGCACCGCAUGUUCAGUUCUUUGAGGCGUACGGUCCGACGGAGUGUGCAGUGAUUUGCAUGGCGAGAGAAUGUCUGGUUGACGAUUCUGACCCAAGCAAUAUUGGAUUCGGAGCUGGAGUGACAUGCUGGAUUGUUGACCCGGAUGAUCACAGCCGAUUGGCUCCAAUUGGCAGUGCUGGUGAGCUGCUCCUCGAUGGCGCUCCUGUAGGUCGGGGGUACAUCAAUGAUGCUGACCGAACCGCGUCGGUAUUUAUCGAUCCCCCGGCCUGGCAUCGCCAGUUCAGACCUAAUGCUUCCGGGCGUCUAUACAAGACCGGGGAUCUGGCCUGUUAUGCUCUCGAGGAUGGGUCAAUCCGAUACAUAGGACGCAAGGACAGUCAGGUCAAGCUGCGUGGGCAGCGCCUUGAGCUAGGAGAAGUUGAAUUUCAUCUUCGACGCUUAUUCCCGGCCGUCGUCAAUGUCGUGGUCGAGAUGGUUGCCCCGGCUGAUAUGGCGGACUCGCCUAUGCUGAUUGCUUUCAUCCUUCAAGAAACGCCAUCAGAAGGCAAGAUAGACGGAUGGCUCAUGCCUCCCAGCGGUCUCUUUCGAGAACAGGCGCAGAUUACUCGAACUCAGCUUCAGGAGUCAAUUCCAAAGUACAUGAUUCCUACGGUCUUCCUACCGCUGCAAUCAAUGCCAUUAGUGACAAGCGGAAAAAGUGAUCGUCGCCAGCUUCGAAGUCUGGCUGCAGCGCUGACGCGACAGGAACUCCAAUGUUAUUCAGAUGUUACUUCGUCUGAAGACAAGCGACAACCCUCUACCGCCACGGGACUGGCCAUUCAGCAGCUUUGGUCUCAGAUCUUAGGCGUUCCUCGCGACGAAGUCGGCUUAGAUGACAGUUUCUUUGCCAUCGGAGGAAGCUCUGUGACUGCAAUGAAGCUUCUUGGUGUUGCGCGGCGAAUGGGGUUGAAGUUCGAGCUGGGUACUCUUUACAGCCAGACAUUGGACGAGAUCGCUGCAGGGCUGGAAGAUCGUCAGCUCGAUGUCGCGGAGAAAGACACUAUUGGCCCCUUCUCUCUCCUACCAGAAACAGAUCAUAGAGCUAUCAUUGACUGUGUCAAGCACCAGUGUAAACUGCAAAGCCGCGAGGCAAUCGAGGAUGUGUAUCCCUGCACACCGCUCCAAGAAGGUCUCAUGUCGCUAACAGCUAAGCGUCCGGGUGCAUACAUCGUCGUAUUCAACUACGCACUCCCAGGUUCUGUGGAUAUCAAUCAGUUCCAAAAAGCCUGGAAUGCGGUUGUCCAAGCAAAUCCAAUCAUGCGUACUCGUAUCGUGCAGACAAGCAGUGGUGCGAUGUACCAAGCGGUCCUUCGCCAGGCAGUUCCAUGGGAGGCGCCCACUAAUAGCUACCAUGGAGACUGGAAUGCCGGGCAGCGCCUUGUCAGAUUCAUACUAAGUCCCGGGCCGUCGAAGCAUUUUACACUGGUGAUUCAUCACGCGUUGAGUGACGGCUGGGCAGUUCCGCUGCUUCUGAGGCAGGUUGAAGCGGCUUAUCACGGCAAGGUUCUUCAACAGAGGCCCUUCAAUGGAUUCAUCAGUUACAUUAUUCGCAAUACCGACGCCCAACAACGGUUUUGGAAAGAGCAUUUUGUCAACCUGGAAGCGGCUGUCUUCCCUCGGCUGCCAUCUCUGGGAUACAUUCCCAAUCCAACAGUCAAGAGAACCUGUGUGAUCCCAGUAAAACAGGAUGCAGGCCACAGUAUCUUCGCCGCCCCAAACAAACUCAAGCUGGCCUGGGCUAUCCUUGUAUCUCUUUACACUGAUAGCCCAGACAUAGUCUUCGGUAUCACCGUGACCGGCCGAGGGGCUCCGGUGUUAGAUAUCGAGGAGAUGACUGGUCCAACCAUCGCCACAAUUCCAAUCCAGCUGCACGUUAAUCCUGAGCUUACAAUUGCAGAAGCUCUUCUUCAGGUCCAAGAUCACUCUGUUUCCACGGUCCCAUUCGAACAGGCUGGCCUGCAGAAUAUAAGCCGUUUGGGACCCGAUGCCGCUGCUGCAUGCCAGUUCCAAAGCUUGAUGGUUAUUCAGCCGCAGCAGGAACGGUUUCCGGACAUGUUUUCCGCCGUUCAAGACCUGUCUCAGGUGGAUGCAUUCAGCUCGUACGCCAUUACUUUGAUAUGCAAGCAAUUACCCGACAGCAUUGAGAUCGAGGCGACAUUUGACUCGGAAGUGAUGGACGAGAUUCAAUUGACUCGAAUGUUGCAACAACUGCGGAAUAUUGUACAGCAAUUGACGCUACCGAACGAAAGCCUUUGCAUCGGCAGCCUAAGCAACACUAGUAGUAACGAUAUGGAGCAGUUGAUGGAAUGGAAUAGAGACAUUCCAGCAGCCAGCGAAAAAACUCUUCAUGGUAUCGUUCUCCAUCAAACAAAGAUCCAGCCACAUUCUGAAGCUGUUUGCGCGUGGGAUGGGGACUUGUCUUAUCUUGAACUUGACGAUUAUUCCGCCCGGCUGGCCCAGUAUCUGCUCAGUCUGGGAAUCAUUGAGUCGGAGUCAAGGAUAGCCGUGUGCCUGGAAAAGUCUCGAUGGACUAUCGUAACACUUCUGGCUGUUCUUCGCGCUGGUGGUGUAUGCGUCCUCAUCGACCAUGGUCAUCCCCGUCGACGGAUAGAGGAUAUUGUUGAAAAAACAUCCCCACCGUUGCUGGUGGCAUCGGCGACCUACGACAGCAUCGUUCAAGAUCUGGAAAGCAACAUCGUUCUGAUUACAGAAUCAUUCAUACAGAGUCUGCCGCCGCUCUCUGUGAAGCUCCCAGAGGUCUCACUUCAUCAAGGUGCAAUAAUUCUGUUCACUUCAGGAAGCACAGGGACUCCAAAGGGAAUAGUCAUGGAGCAUGUCAACCUAAGCACGAGUAUCCUCGCACACAGCGGACCAAUGAAUCUCAACCGUACCUCACGGUCAUUGCAUUUUGCGUCGUAUGCAUUCGACGUGAGUAUUUACGAGGUGUUCAACACAUUGGCUCAAGGAGGCUGUGUGUGCGUGCCUUCAGAAUCGGACCGAAUGAACAAUCUGGCCAAUGUCAUCCGCCAACAAAGGAUCAACUGGGCUCUAUUGACACCAUCGACCCUUAGUUUGUUUGGUCCCGCAGACGUUCCCUCGCUGAAGACUCUCGUUCUUGCUGGCGAAGCAGUCACUCGCGAUCCAGUAGACACAUGGGCGGACAAAGUGACUCUCAUCAAUGCGUAUGGACCGGCGGAGGCCACGUUCACCACUGUUGGACCUAUUCCACCCAGAGGUUGGCGGUCAGGAACGAUUGGUCAUAUGUAUGGCAGUGUGGGAUGGAUCACAGAUGCCCAUGAUCCAGGAAAGCUAGCAGCCAUCGGGGCUGUUGGUGAGCUACUCGUUGAGGGCCCAAUUGUGACUCGGGGGUAUCUAGACGAACCCGCGAAGACAGCCGCGUCCUAUAUAGCGACACCGGCAUGGUUGCGGGGCUUUCGGGCGAAGAAUGGCGCGGGCCGGCUCUACAGGACCGGCGAUCUGGUGCAGUAUAACCCCGAUGGUUCCAUCCGGUAUGUUGGGCGCAGGGAUACGCAGGUGAAGCUCCGUGGGCAGCGCAUCGAGCUAGGAGAGGUCGAGUAUCAUGUUCGAAGCUGCUUUGGCCUGGCAGCGGAGGUAGUUGCAGAAAUCAUCGUUCCUCGGGAAAGCAGCUCGCCAGUUCUUGUCGCUUACAUUUGCCGAAACUUGGAUGAUGGUGACCAAGUUCACGAUCCAGAGGCCUCGGACGAGGAGCAAAGUCUCUUCCUAUCACCGAGGCCAACCUUCAGGACAGCUGUUCAACAAGCCGAAAGCAAACUCUCGGAGUCCAUUCCAAGUUUCAUGAUACCUAGCAAGUUCCUGGCUCUUCGACAGGUUCCAUUGACCCGCAGUGGGAAGGUGGAUCGUCGACGGUUGCGAGAGGCUACCAAGAGUCUAUCCAACUCCCGCUUCCAGCUUUACACUUCACAUGCGAACAAUGUCACCAGAAGAUUCCCAUCCACAAUGACAGAGCGGUUUUUGCAGCAGCUCUGGGCCAACGUCCUACGCAAGGAGGCGGGGUCUAUCGGACUGGAUGAUAACUUCUUCCGAUUAGGAGGUGACUCGAUCAGUGCCAUGCAGGUUGUUGCGCAAUGCACUUCCAAGGGUCUCAGGCUUAAUGUUGCAAGUAUCUUUCGAUUUAAGACAAUAGCUAGGCUUGCUGAAGAGUUAGACGAAGCUCUACUAACCAUUGAAAAUGCUGGCCAUCAGAGUAUGGCGUUCGAGUUGUCGCCAAUGCAGCAGAUGAUAUUCGACACAGCAACAGAAUACAAUCGCUGCUGUCAGAGUGUUGUGCUCCUACUUAGCAAGGUCAUAUCCUCUGAGAUGCUUCACAAUGCACUGAAGGUGGUUGUGAAGAAUCAUCCAAUGCUCCAUGCCAGAUUUACUCAAAACAGCAAAGGGGAAUGGAGCCAGAGUAUCUCCGAAGUCCUCGAACAUGACUCCAUGUAUCAAUCGCACCUUCUGUCGUCCUUCGAUGCAACUGGCUUUGUAUCCGCACGUCAAAAGGAAAUUAACGUGCGGAAAGGCCGCAUCUUCCUCUGUGACAGAAUCGAAGUCGAAGCAGACGGGGAAUGCUUCCUUUCUUUAAUAGCUCACGAAUCGAUCAUUGACAUCUCCUCCUGGCGGAUCAUUCUUGCAGACCUCAAUGCCCUUUUAGAAGGCAGAUCCCCACUGCAAUCAACGUCGUCCUUCCAAGAUUGGUGCCAUUUGCAAUCCAAGCAUGCAACUGCUACGCCGGCACCUGCUCAAAUAGCGGACAGAGACACCUAUUGGGAGGCAGACUGCGAUGCCGGUAUUCACGAAUGGGAGUUCAGUCUCUCGGAGCAAGUCACCCAGGCUCUGCUAGGCCCAGCAAACGAUGCCUUCAAUACCGAACCAGUAGAGCUGCUUCAUGCAACGCUAUUGCAGUCCUUUGCUCAGAUCUUUGUCGAUCGCCCAACACCCACGAUGUAUUAUCAAGAGGACGGUCGGUGUUCCAACGCUGGUCUGGCACGGACUGUUGGAUCUUUCUUAACGCUAUCGUCAGUCAACGUCUCUGUCACUCCAACGGACGACUUAUUCGAAAUCGUACGGAAGACCAAGGACGAACGGCGGAGACAUUCCAUUCCUUCGAUUCCAACUGCCGGUUCUCCGAUUGUUGUGUUGAAAUAUCAUGGCCAUGAGAUUCAGCAACAAUUCAAACCUUUCUUGCAGCCCAUCUCCGUUUCCGAGAACCCACCUCAUCUCGCACCCAUUGGAAUCACGGCUAAGAUCCGAGGCUCAAAUAUGGUGUUCAAUUUCACCGUGAAUUGCACAGACCGCGAGCAAUUGCUUCAGCAAUGGAAAGAAAGGUUUCACCAAGCUCUGGAAACAGCAGCAUCAGUAUUACCAACCAAGGAGGUGACGUGGACGCUCUCCGACUUUCCUUUACUGCCGUAUACCUAUCCGGAGCUCGAGACCUUCAUUCAAGGCGUCAUCCUGCCACUGAAGAAAGAAGAUCUCCAGAUCGAGGACGCCUAUCCUUGCACACCCAUCCAGCAAGGCAUCCUACUAAGCCAGGCCCGGGAUUCGCUCCGUUAUCGGAACAGAUGGUCCUGGUCAGUGCACUCACGUAACGCCUCCACUGUGGAUCUAGAGCAACUGAGCCGAGCGUGGCAGCAGGUGGUUCAAAGACACCCGCUUCUGCGAACCAUCUUUUUUGACAGUGCGCACCGGGAUGGAUCACAGCAUCAGGCCGUGCUGAAGGAGAUCCCAUUUGAAGAAGUGUGUAUCAUCCUACCCCCUUCAGAUGACCCGCUUAAGCGACUCGACGACUACGAGCUUCCCGCGACAUUACCAUUGAGACCGCCGACUCGUCUUAUCAUUUGCGGUUCUCCCUCAGGCGAGGCGGCCUGCUUGUUAGACAUUAGCCAUGCUGUUGUAGAUGGCAUGUCUCGUCAGGUCCUCUGGAGCAACUUGUGCCAGGCGUACGAGGAUGGGCUAACCCCAACGGUACCGGCUACCUAUCGUGAAUAUUUCGAGUAUCUUGAGAAGCAGCCACUGGAUGACGAUCGCGCUUACUGGGAAAAAUACCUGGGCGAUGUACAGCCAUGCGUCUUCCCCGGGUCAUCUGAGCCAAACGAUGCAGUCGCUCAUUCUCACGUCGAGAUUACGGUGCCUUUUGAUCAGGCCCUUCGUCAGUUCUGUCAUGAUUAUGAUGUGACAUUGGCGAAUACAUUCCAGCUAGCUUGGGCACUUGUCUUGCGAACGUACCUUAAUUCGGACAGCGCGUGUUUCGGCUAUGUCACGUCUGGAAGGGAUGUUCCAAUUCCCAACAUUGACAUCACCGUAGGCCCGUUCAUCAACAUGCUGGUCUGCAAUAUAUCUCUACAGGGCACGGCGAAAAUUCUGGAUUUGCUCGAGCAAAAUCAAGCAGAUUUUGUGCAAAGCCUGACCCAUCAGACUCUGGCACUGGGAGAAAAGACACGCUGUGCCAAAGUGUCGGAUAGGGCGCUGUUCAAUACCGUCAUGUCUGUGCAGAGGGAAUUGGACGAGCAUUCGGGUGGAUCCAGUCUUGUGUUUAAGGAUUUGAAGACCGAGGGGGGUACCGAGUACGAUGUUGGUAUCAACAUCGAGGUAUCAGAAGAAUCCAUUGGCGUUUCGCUGCUAUAUGCGACGAGUUUCCUUUCGGACAAUCAGGCCGGAAAUGUGAUCGAUGCGUUCCAGCAGGCUUUGUGGGGCAUCACGUCGAGGCCCGCGCAAAGGGUCCACGAACUCAGUCUAUUCGGCCCCUUCAACAAAAGGAAUCUUGAAGCCCACAGCCCGCAGAUGCUCUCACCUGUCCAUCGGUGUGUCCAUGACUUGAUCCACGACCAGUGCCUCGCCCGGCCGACCUCCCAGGCUGUCUGUGCCUGGGACGGCGACUUUACAUAUGCUGAAGUCGACCGUCUAAGCUCUGCCUUGGCAACUCACCUCUCCAAGUACGAUGAUUCCCGGGGGGGCUACAUUGGAAUCUACUCCGAGAAGUCUCGCUGGGCCAUAAUUGCCAUGGUCGGUGUGAUGAAAUGCGGUGCAGCUUUUAUUCUUUUGGACCCAUCGUAUCCCAUCCAGCGUCUGCAAGGGAUGAGCGAUGAUGCCCGAAUCUCCGUGAUCAUUUCAUCUGAAGCACAUAAAAGUACCUCUACUUCACUUGCAAAACAUGUGGUUACUGUCAGCGACCAUGAAGAUUGGUCUGCCGCCACGUCCCAGCCUCCGCGACCAUCAGUGCCAAGCAGUGCAUUCUGCGCUCUCUUCACAUCCGGUUCAACAGGCAAACCAAAGGGAGUUGUAAUCGAGCAUCAAUCCUUCUCCUCAGCCGCGCUUGCUCAGGGGCCAGCUCUCAAUCUUAACUCCGAGUCCCGGGUUCUCCAGUUUGCCUCGUAUGCUUUCGAUGCCAGUGUUUAUGAAAACAUCACCACCCUGAUCCAUGGUGGCUGUGUUUGUAUUCCUUCUGAAGCCGAGCGCACGCAAGACCUCGCGCGUGCUGUCGCCAAUAUGCAAGUCAAUUGGGCUUUCCUUACCCCCUCUGUGGCAAGGAUCCUAGACCCGACCGAGUUCCCGAGCCUAAAGACCAUGGUUCUAGCUGGCGAGCUGAUAUCCGCGAAGGAGCUGAAGGCCUGGCAGGAUAGACUGGAUAUCCAUCUUGCGUAUGGCCCUGCUGAAUGCUCGAUCAUGUGUGUUGGGACGGGUCCUAUUUCUGCAACCACCAGUGGACGCGAUAUCGGUUUAGCCGUGGGUUGCAGAUCGUGGGUCGUCGAUCCAAAUGACCAUGAGAAGUUGCUGCCUCUCGGAGCCGUGGGUGAACUGUUGAUCGAGGGACCAGGCGUUGGUCGCGGCUAUAUCAACGAGGCGGAGAAGACCGCAGCUGCAUUCAUAUCACCACCAUCCUGGCUUCGAGAGCUUGUCGGCGGCCAAAGGUUCUCUAUUUAUAAAACAGGAGACCUAGUCAAGUACAACGAGAACGGAUCUUUGCACUAUAUCUCCCGCAAGGACACACAGGUGAAGCUUCGUGGUCAGCGUGUCGAGCUCGGCGAGGUUGAGUUUCAUCUGCGUGAAUGCUUUCCCAAUACUCAGGAUGCCAUUGCGGAGGUCGUCAAGCCGCCCGGAGAAAGCAGGCCAGCAGCGCUCAUGGCCUUUAUUCUGCAAGAUCGUGCAGAAGCUAUUUCCCAUAAACGCAGGAUUUUUGGAGACUCUGGUGAUAUCUUCAAGGAAGGCAUCGCGACGGCGUUAUCCAGACUCGAUGAGGUUCUACCCACCUACAUGGUGCCUACUAUAUUCGUUCCUCUGGAUCAAAUCCCCCUGACAAAGACUGGAAAAACAGACCGACGGGCUCUCAGGGAGGCCGCAGAAGCGCUCACAAGACAACAAAUGGAAAAUCUAACUUCUAUAAGCUCGACAAAAACGCCGCCCUCCACUGAAGCGGAAUCGGUGUUUCAACGGUUGUUAGCGCUGGUUCUCAAUCUAGAGGUGUCGGACAUAGGCGUCGAUGAUCAUUUCUUCCGCCUCGGAGGGGACUCAAUCAUCGCCAUGAAGCUCAUUCCCCUUGCUCGUGAGGCUGGCUAUGCCAUUGAUAUGACUGAUGUAUUCAAUCAUCCCAGGUUGCGUGAUUUGGCCGCUGCCGCAGGGGCGGAUGCUACUGAAACGAACUACGAUGUCUUGCCUUUUGCCCUGAUUGAGAACAAUGUCCUAAGUCAACAGUCUAUAGCCAAGUCAGCCGCCGAGAGGUGCCGUAUUUGCAUGGACGAUAUUGAAGACAUUUACCCAUGCACGCCCCUACAGGAGGGGCUGAUGACCUUGACCGCAAAGACACCCGGUCAAUACAUUGCGAGGUUUGACUACGACCUAGCUGCUGACGUUGACUUGGUCAGGUUCCAGUCUGCCUGGGACAAGGCAUUCGACGCUAAUGCCAUCCUGCGCACUCGCAUCGUCCAAUUAGGUGCAUCGAAUAUGCUUCAGGUGGUGGUUCGUCAUUCAAUCCGCUGGCAUGUGUUCGAGACUCAAGAAGAGUAUGAGCAAGUGAAACGCCCCACAAUGACAUUGGACAGCGAAUUAGCCCACUUCGCCAUUGUCAAGGCAAGCGGCAGCUUCCAUCUCACACUACACCAUGCAUUGUAUGACGGCUGGUCCCUGCCGCUGCUGUGGGACCAAGUCAACGCAUCGUAUCAUAGAGGUGAGCCACUGCAAUCAAGGCCUUUCAAGCAUUUUAUUCGACACAUCCGAAACGUCCAGGGCACAGAGGCCUUCUGGCAGUCGGAAUUUACCAGCUUGAGUGCCCCUAUCUUCCCUGCUCUGCCAUCGCCUCGAUACAUCCCUGCUCCAAAGUCAUCUCUCGAACAUCGCAUCACCAACCUGGCCCGUGCAAACACAGAAUAUACCGCGCCUACCUUGAUUCAAUUGGCCUGGGCUGUGAUAAUGUCUUGCUACACGGACUCCGAGGACAUUCUAUACGGGCUGACCGUGAACGGACGAAGCGCUUCGGUCUCUGGAAUCCAGGAUAUCACCGGCCCGACAUUUGCCACUGUCCCUGUGCGUUUCCAUGUCCGGGCCGAAGAUACCGUGGAUACAGCAAUGAAGGCUAUGCAGCAAAAGGCUACGUCCAUGAUUCCAUUCCAACAGACAGGUCUGCAGUACAUUCGUCAGCUAGGCCCUGAGGCGGCCACCGCAUGCAGCUUCCAAUGUCAACUUGUCAUUCAGCCUUCAAGUUCCAGUGAACAUGAGGGGAAUGCCAUCGCGCAUGUGCGAGGCGAACACGAGGACUACUAUGCUUUUGCGAGUGUUGCAUUAUUUAUGGUGUGCCACCUUGCAGAGAAUGGCGAUGUUGCUGUCACUGUCAACUAUGAUGAGGGAGUGGUCCAUCCAGUGGAGGCGACUAGGAUGAUGCAGCAAUUCGAGCACAUUCUGCGUCAAAUGUCAAGUGAUGUCUUGAAUGGCCUUCACAUCCGGGAUCUUAACCUCGUCAGCCCCCAGGACCAUCAGCAGAUGGUGGAGUCGAAUUCCGUCGUCCCGUCGUCUGUCGAAUCCUGCGUACACGACCUUGUUCUGCAGCAAUGUUCUCUGCGGCCAAAAGCUUCUGCGAUUUCCUCAUGGGACGGGGAGGUAACUUAUGGUACUCUCGAUUUACUAUCAGGCUUACUGGCACAGCAUCUUCAGUCGCUCGGUAUCCAGCCAGGAUCACUGGUCCCGCUGUGCUUCGAGCGCUCCAAAUGGAGCAUCAUCACUAUGAUAUCAGUCCUCCGUAUCGGAGCCACCUGCGUCAACCUAGACCCAACCCAUCCCAAGGGACGCAUCCAGGAAAUUCUACAACGCACAGCCGCCAAAUCAGUGAUUGUCUCCGCUGCGAACGAACAUCUGAUGACUGGGGCAAAUGUAUCAGUGAUCACCGUUCCUAUCCUCGAUGCAACAGAGAUGGUGGAGAAAUUCAUAGCCCCUGACACCAAGCCCUCUGAUGCAGCCUUUGUCGCAUUUACUUCAGGCAGCACAGGAAAGCCAAAAGGCAUCGUGAUGGAACACCGCAACCUUUGCACUAGCAUCCGACAUCAUAGCCCUGUUUGCUAUAUCAAUGAAAAUACUCGAGCUUUGCAUUGGGCUUCCUAUGCCUUUGACAUGAGUCUCGGCGAGGUCUUCAGCGUCCUCGUCCACGGUGGCUGUGUUUGCAUUCCCUCCGAGUUCGAUCGCCUCAACAAUGUCGCCCCAUUCAUCAAUGAGCACAAUGUCAAUUGGACAUUUUGGACGCCUUCAUUCCUCAGCCUUUUCCAGCCAGACGAUAUCCCUGGAGUACAGACCGUGGUCCUUGGAGGAGAGCCAGUCACACAGGAUAACAUCCGUACCUGGGCCUCCAGAGUUAACUUGGUCAACGCAUACGCCCCGGCGGAAACAUCCAUUUGCAAUGUUCUGAGCCAAAUCCCCUCCGUCGGCUGGCGAGAAGGCACGAUUGGACGAAUGUUUGGCGCAGUGGCGUGGAUCACCAUGCCGUCUGAUCCCACCCGCCUAGCUCCCUUGGGUGUUGUUGGAGAGCUGCUGAUUGAAGGCCCAACGGUCACCCGCGGUUACCUUCGUGAUACCGAACGAACCGCUGAGGCUUAUAUCGAGGAUACGCCACCAUGGCUCAGCUCUUUCAGGUCCGGUAGCACUACGAGGCUAUAUCGAAGUGGGGAUCUAUUUCAGCUCAACCCCGACGGUAGCCUUCGCAUCAUCGGCCGCAGAGACACCCAGGUUAAGCUACGCGGCCAGCGCAUUGAGCUUGGCGAGGUAGAACAAAAUGUGCGAGAUCUGCUCCCUGAUGUGAGAGAAGUCGUGGCUGAAGUGGUAAUUCCAAGCGGAGGUUCUCCAACCCUAAUGGCAUUCAUCGCCCAUUCCACUGCUAGUAGCGAGACACUAUUCGUGUCUCCCAGUCCGGCUUUCCUAGCUCAGGCCGCAACAGCAACAGUCCAGCUGCGGCAUCUACUUCCAAAAUACAUGGUUCCCGGUGUUAUUCUUCGAGUAUCGCAUAUCCCACACAACUCCAACGGCAAGGUCGACAGGCGGCUGCUGCGGGAACAAGCGGCGACUCUCACUCGUCAACAGAUACAGGCACUCUCCGCUGUCCAGUCUGCAAAGCGUGUGCCAGCAACUGAAGGAGAAAAGCUGCUCCAAGGUCUCUGGGCCGGCAUACUCCAAACAUCGGCGGAACAAAUCGGGGCAGACGAUGAUUUCUUCCAUCUUGGGGGAGACUCCUUCGCAGCCAUGAAACUGUCAGCCAUUGCUCGCCACCAGGGUCUGCAUCUUCCGGUGCCAUUCAUUUUCAGCCAUCCCGUUCUCUCCGAUCUAGCCAAACUCAUCAGCUAUUCAGAAUCUCAUUCUGUAUCCGAAUACUCCCCAGGGUCUCUGCUCGGCAUCACUGAUCUUGAAUCCUUUCUCGCUGAGCUCCCACCCUACCCAUUUGACAAACAGGACGUGGUUGAUGUCGUCCCUACCACCGAGUUUCAAAGCCGGCUCAUGGUCGAAGAGGAUAUCACCUACUCUCAACUCCAUCUGCCCACUCAUAUCAACACAGAGCGUCUGGAGACUGCCUUCCAUGCUCUCGUCCGCAGUCACGCCAUCCUUCGAACCGUAUUCAUCCCUUACCAGGAUACCCAUCUGCAAAUUGUCCUGCGCAAACUAAAUUUCAAACUCAUCAAGGUCAUGAGCGAGGAUCUCGCAGCAUCCGCAACCAACAUUCUCAGAGAAGACAAAAUCCCAAUCCCACCAGGCUCCCCGCACUUCCAACCCUUCCUCCUGUCCCAAUCGCCCACUUCUCACCUCCUCAUCCUCCGGCUAACCCACGCCCAAUACGACGGCGCCUCAUUCCGCCUCCUGUCCGAAGACUUAGCAUCCGCAUACAACAACAGCAGCAACAACAACAACGAGCAAUCUUUCAAUCCUCGCCUCCCAUUCCCCAGAUAUCUCCAGUUCCGCCACUCCCAAAUCACACCCAAAGCCCUGUCUUUCUGGCGCAGCACCCUCCAAAACUCCCGAAUGACAGACGUUCUGUCCCACUGCUCCCCCUCUCCACCAUCCGAGCCAGAGUCAAUGGUCAAAGUGCUCCGCUCCAUGGCCCUUCCAACACCACCCCCGGGAAUUACCCUCGCCUCCCUCCUAAAGGCAGCCUGGGCACUUGCUCUAGCGCGCACAACCAAUUCCCGCGAUAUCGUCUUUGGUCAGGUCACCAGUGGCCGGGAUGCGGCGCUAAAGGAUAUCGAAACCGUCUCCGGGCCAUGUAUCACUUUCUCCCCAUUCAGGGUAACAAUAGUCCCUGACACCACGGCCCUGAACCUAUUAUCACACGUUCAAAACCAACAGAUAAAAGCCAUCCCGUACUCCAACAUUGACCUCCGGGAGAUCGUCGCGCGGGCAUCGCCCUGGCCAGUGGGAACAGAGUUCGGGUGUGCGUUCACGCACCAAAACGCGGGGCUGGGGUUUCCCUGUCCAAUUGCAGGUGUCGAGUCAAAGUGGGUGCUGGAUGUGCGCACACCAGAAAAUCUGCAUCUCGUUACGUUUCCAGAAAACGGAAGGUUGAAUGCUAUGCUUGGGGGGUCAAGUAGGAAGAUCCGUGAAGUGGAGGCGGAAGGCUUGAUGGGAAGGUUUGUUGCUGCUGUGGUGGAGUUGGAGGAGUUGGGGAGAAGGGAGGAUCGGAUCGUUGUUGUUUAG